AUGACAGUUAAAAUCAUUCAGAAUCGAGCUCCAACUUACCUUUCCAGUGUUAUCUCUGACCACAUCUAUACCACAACCCUACCUUUCAAUCAUAUUGGAGCAUUGGGAGCGCCAUUUUUCUUGGAGGACCCUGCAAACCAGUUCCUACGUCUCAAAAGACAUGUAAAUUUGCAGGAUUACUGGGACCCAGAUCACAGUUCAGAUGUGUGGGGAAACACACUGGCUAAGCAGGCUCGUGAAACAUGGAUUGCUUUGAAAACAACAGCACAGUAUUAUUUGGAUAUGAAUACCUUCACCUUUGACAUGUCUACUGCCCAGUAAAUAUGUUUUCCUGAUUAAAGCAGGAGGAUGAAGAUGGCAGAGCUUGGAAUGGCAUUGUGCCAAAACCAUGGGUUUUAGAGAUCUGAGGGUAUAUCCAUGCUGUUUACUACAUUAUUUAUUAUGUCUGUCUCAAAGUUGUUG